UAAUAUCUUCAUUCAUCAUCUUGUGUGCAACAUUUUACUUGCAAAGAAAUAAAUUACCUCUAUAUGUGAAUUUAAGAAUUCAGAUUUAAAAGUUUUAUUUUGAUGAAAUGGAAAUGCGGUUAGUUCUUCAUAUAUUGUAUUAUAUUGUGUGUCGUAUCACUGCACCAGAUACGUGUCUGGUGUUACUAAUGAAAGUUCGGAGAAUGCUACAGUAAGGGAGACAGACACCGUAAAAGAAUUCAACGUGAUGAAAGACAAUUACCAUGAAUUACUUAAAAGAGUUAUAAAUAACGAAAAUGAAAUUGAAGAUAUGAAAAGUCGAGAAGAACAUUUGAAACAUGAACUUGAAAACGUUAAGAAAUAUAUGACAUGUCAAAUGGAAGAGUUAAACGAUAUCACUAUAGACAAGCUAAAUGACACAAAAGCUGCGUUAAUAAAAACUAGGAUUUCAUUUACUCAGUCUUUGAAGUUAUUAAAUGAAACAAUGCAAGAACUGAGCCAUCGUCAACCGGAAAAGCUAAAAUGUGAAGAAAAUCAGACUGAAUGUAAUUGUACAGGCAGUUUUCUUGAAACGAUAAUAUCUCCUGGCUAUCCAAUAGAAUAUAGCAAUAACUUAGCUAAGAAUUGGAGUAUUGAUGUCGGUAGUGGAUACAGGGCAAGAUUACAGUUUACGAAUUUCACCACUGAGCGCACAUACGAUGUUGUAAAGGUAUUCGAUGCAGUGGAUGCAACUGAUCUCAUGGGAUUUUUUAGUGGAGACGAUCUACCUCCGCCAAUGAUAUCGACUGGACGAUAUAUGUUUCUUACAUUCACAACAGACCAUAAUGUGCAAUACACUGGAUUUAGUGCAAACGUUUACAAAAUAACUUCUACAAAGGAUGAUAGGAAUGUCAGAGGAUAACAAUAUUUGUGCCAAACUUCAGUGAUAAUGCGUUACUAGUAAUAUAUUUAUAUAUAUAUAUACAAACAGUAAAAGUUCAGCUAUAAGGGCAACAGUUUGUAAAAUAUUGAAAACAACACGUUAUUAAUUUCUUGCGUCCGAAGCGCUUUUCUGGAUUUACCUUCAUCAGGAACGCUCAAAGCCAAACAUUUGAAAUCCGAAGAUGUAUAAGUACCGAAACCGUUGAAGAGCUGUAUGUCAAAAAUACCUAAAAUAAAUAGCCAAAUUCAUCUAAAGCCAACUUUGCCUGAGGGAGUUGAAACCUUAGUUUCUUAAUAAUUUAUAAAUUUAUAAACGGACAAAUUUAAGUAAAGUUUGUUAAAUCAUGUCAGUACCGAAAUAUAAGCUUCGUCUAUUUAUUUAAAGAACAAUUGUGACUGUUGUCAACUGGAUUUAUCAUUUGAAUUUUUUUAAAUUAAUUUUUUAACAGAGGGCUGUUAUUGACCCUCCAAUUGAAUAAUUUAGUGAACUUAUAGUAAAUGAUUUUAUAUAUGUGCACUUUAUCCCAACCUGUAUUUAAUUCUGGAACACAUUAGGAAAACCGCCAUUACAUGAAUGUGCUUACAAUAUGACCAGCCAUUGAUUUCAAAUAUGUAAACUACUGUACAAUUUUGAAUGCAAAUACAAUUUGUCCUGACACAAAGGAUUUUGCGAACUGUCAGCCAUCUUGUUUUUAUAGUAGUUAUUAACUUAUAUAAUCUUAAAAGGAAUUCAACAGAUAAUUCUGCCAUAUGGUAGCCUUUAUUUGACACGAUCUGAAUUCUUAGAUUUUAGAUAUAGUUCAUAUCGAAAUUCUACUUAAUUAAAUAUUGCCAUUGUUGGCCUCUAUAAAACUUAUAAAUUGAAUUUUACCAGAAACCAUGUUAUUUUGCUGACUAAGUGUUUC